GUUGGAAAAUCCUUCAUCCGAUUGUCAACGUGGCAUAAUCAAAUUGAUAUAUCUGCUUUCAUUUGACGGUCGAGAUAAGUUCUGCAUUUACCGCACAAUGACUCUCUGGACAACUGAACACCUUUUCAGCCUCCUCCUCAUCUUCCCUUCCCUCCCUCCCUCCCGCUCCCGCUUCGUUCGUCGCCCUGCAGCUCUUUUGGUCUUGGAACUCUCUUAAGUAUUACUGAGUUUGCUGCGUUGUUAUCUGCCUCUUUCUAGGGUAUAACCAGCAACCACAAGGUUUUCCUCUUUAAAACUCAAUGGUACCUGAGGGAUAGUGGAGUUAUGGGCUUAUUUCGGGAUGCUAGAUGUUUUAAAGUUUCUUUGUACUGUCAACUACUUUUUCUUAUCAUCUGGCUACCUUCUUACCAAGAUGUGAUGGCACAACAAAAACAAAUUGACUUCAGUCGUGUUUCUUCAAUGGCAGAGUUAGCCAAGGCACCUACUGUUGGACUAUUUGAUCCCAUAGAAAUAUCACCUGCUGUCAUACCACAACACCCUAAUCCCACAGAGCCUCUGUCACCAAUGUAUCCUACUUUCCCAGCCAGAUAUGAACCAGUUUUAACUGGGAAAUGCCCAGUAAAUUUUUCAGAUAUAUCAAAUAUCUUAGAUAAAACAGCAUCUGAUUGUGCUGGACCUUUGGCAGCCCUUGUGGGGAAUGUAAUAUGUUGUCCACAGUUUACUAGUUUAAUCCACAUCUUCCAAGGUUACUUCAGCAUGAGCUCUGAUAAGUUGGUUCUUUCGAGUACAGUUGCUGAACAUUGUUUUUCUGAUAUCAUUAGCAUCUUAGCCAGUAGGGGGGCAAACAGUACAAUCUCUACACUUUGCUCCAUAAAAUCAUCUAAUCUUACGGGUGGGUCCUGUCCUGUGAAGGAUCUUUCCACUUUUGAGAAAACAGUUAACACAAGUAAAUUACUUGAGGCUUGCAGCACUGUUGAUCCACUGAAAGAGUGCUGUAGACCUAUUUGUCAGCCUGCAAUAAUGGAUGCAGCACUUCAGAUUUCAGGGAGAGAAUUGAUGAUCAACAAUAAUAAAAAUUUGGGCGGAGAAGUGAAUCACAUGGAUUAUCUCAAUGAUUGUAAAGAUGUGGUUUAUUCUUAUGUUUCAAGAAAACUUUCGUCAGAGGCUGCAAACACUGCCUUUCGAAUACUGUCUGCCUGUAAAGUAAACAAAGUUUGCCCUUUGACUUUCAAGGAGCCUUCAGAAGUAAUUAAUGCUUGUCAGAAUGUUGCUGCACCUAGCCCUUCCUGCUGUAGUUCAUUAAACAUUUAUAUUGCAGGGAUACAAAAGCAAAUGUUAAUUACAAAUAAACAAGCUAUCAUCUGUGCUACACUUUUUGGAUCUAUGUUACGUAGAGGCGGCAUAAUGACAAAUAUUUAUGAACUCUGUGAUGUAGACUUGAAGGAUUUCAGCAUACAACCAUAUGGACAACAAGGAUGCCUGCUUCGGAGCCUGCCUGCAGACGUGGUGUUUGACAACUCAACAGGCUUUAGCUUUACUUGUGACUUGAAUGACAACAUUGCUGCACCCUGGCCUUCAUCAUCUUCGAUCACAUCCGUGUCCCUUUGUGCACCUGAGAUGUCAUUACCUGCGCUACCGACGUCGCAGACUUCAAAAAAUAUGGGCUGUAAUUCUAGGAGAUUGGAAUAUCGCAUACUUAUUUUUUCAUUUUUCAUCUUUGGUGCGUUACUGCACUAGAGAGAUUUUAGGAUUGAGCUGGUUGUGUCGGGAGGGCCUUUUCCAAAUUUGCUGGCGUGUAUUUGGCAUGUAUAUUUUUAAAUGGCCUGUGUAUGUAUAGCAUGCCCCAACCCCGUUUUGCCUCUUUUUUUUUUUGGCCCCGGUUGCCUUUGCCCAUCUUUCAUCUACUUCUGGAUAUCCCGUGCGUUUGCUGCUUGUAUUUGUGUAGCUGCAGCUCGUAUCCUGAAAACGCGCUGUGUUUGAUUGAAGCUGCCCUGAUGAUGCUUAGGGGAGGCAAUUAAGUGUUUUCAUCAACAUAUUCCGGCCUGAAGCAUUGGGAUAGGUUAUUGUUACUCACAUGCAUAUUCUGACAUGUUAGCUUUUGCCAUAUGUCCGUAAAUUCAAUUUCUAAAUCAGCCGAGCAGUAGAUUCAUAUA